AUGAACCGCCUCUUUGGCUCGUCCUCGGCAAAGCCCAAACCGUCCCUCACCGACGCCAUCGCCUCGACCGACCUCCGCAUCGACUCGAUCGAGGUCAAGGUCCGCAAGCUCGACGCAGAGCUCACCAAAUACCGCGACCAGAUGCGCAAGAUGCGCGACGGACCGGGCAAGAGCGCAGUGCAGCAGCGCGCCCUCCGUGUCCUCAAGCAGAAGAAGCUGUACGAGGCCCAGGUCGGCCAGCUGCAGCAGCAGACGUUCAACAUGGAGCAGGCCUCUUUGACGACCGAGAACCUGCGCAACACGAUGGCGACCGUCGACGCCAUGAAGACGGCCAACAAGGAGCUCAAGAAGCAGUACGGCAAGGUCGACGUCGACAAGAUCGAGCAAAUGCAGUACGACAUGGAGGACCUCAUCGAUCAGGCCAACGAGGUUCAAGAGUCCAUGUCGCGCUCGUACGGCGUGCCCGACGAGCUCGACGAGAUCGACCUCGACGCCGAGCUCGAAGCGCUCGGCGACGAUUUCGCCGAGGACGAACAGGCCAUCCCGUCGUACCUGCGCGACGACGCCGUCGGCGCAUCGACGUCCGACCUGCCCGACUUUGUCGACGACGCGCCC